AUGGCCCUUGAGAGGUCUCAGUUAGAACUGCAUGAAACCACCUCAGGGAAUAACAACGAAAGCCCAAGACUUUCUCCAGUACAAAUACAACAAGAAUAUUUUGAAAACCUACCAGAGUGUGAUUGGGUGAAGUAUGAAUCCAGUAAUCGGAAAUAUUUACUACAAAAUGUUGCUUUUGCUUUAUUUGGUAGUCCUAGUUCAGAGGGAGACAUGUCUUUAAGCAACCUUGAAAAUACAAAUCUAGAAGGCUAUACAUCAAGACAGAAGGAAAGGGUUAUGAAAAUUUAUGAAAAAUUAUGUGAACAAAGUAAAUAUGCUCAAAAUGAUAGUGAUAUUUUUAUGUCAGUACUACUUAUUGUAUGUGCAAAACCAAAGCCUAUUAAGUUUUAUCAGAUUGAGCCAUCAAAUUAUUGGAUGGACUUACAUCAAAGGAAUGAUAUUGACAUGAGUUACCCAGUCGUCUUCGUUGUUAGGAAAUGUAUACCUACAACUGUAGGGGCUAAGCCAUGUAGGGUUUUCAUAGACGAAGAUGCAAGAGUCUAUCACGACUGGCAAUCAUAUUUAACAAACAACAUGUUACCAAAAUGUGUAAUCAUUGCACCAGAAAAUGGUGAAUAUCAAGGAGUCAUAGUUGAGGGACAAGACUCAUGUCUUGUAAAGUUAUCGGUGACUCCUUCACCUUCACUGGGUAUCAAGGCUAGAGUACUAAGUUCAGUUGAUACAGCUAGUACAGUGGCGUCAUUGGGUGCAGUGGGAGUUCUUGGUGUAGCUGCAUUCACCCCAGUGGGACCUGCUGUCUUGAUUGGAGCUACUGUGGCCACUGUGGCCACUGGCAUAUAUGGUCUCGUCAGGUCAUCGCUACACUUGCAUGAUAGAAAAGUACAUGAACAGUCCAUAAGCCCGACGGAUGCUGAGGCCCGCGGGAGCUGGUUGAACAUUGCGGCGUCAGGCGUCGGUCUGACAGCCGGAGCUGCCAGCACGCUGCUGGCCAAGUCUGCUGCAGCCGGCACAAAUGUCAGUAAAACAGGACAGGCUCUAGCGGCAUCUGUAGAAAUUCUUCGUCGAGCGAACUUAGUGACCGGUGGCGCGGGAGUACUUAAUAGCUUAGUACAUAUAAUACUGAAGUACCACGAGCAUGGUGAGAAGCCUACAACGCUGGAGCUCUUCCAGUUCUCCGCAUCCACCCUGUUCUUCUAUCAGGCAGCAUUUUCGAACAGAACUGCCCAACAGAUAAUCGAAGACGCCCAAGCUAGUACAAUUAAUGAGUAUAGAACUACAUUAAGAAGUAACAGGCAUCGUAAAAUAUUCGACAAAAUUGGUGCCGAAACACGAAGAAUACAAGGCACAGUGCUCGGCAACACGGAAAUUAUCAAAGGCAUAAAGAAUAUCGCGAACAAAGAUCAAUUCUUCGCAGAUGCACUCAAAUUAAACAAGGAUUUGAAUCAGCACAAACUUAAAAUAUCCAUGACAUCUGAUGGUCGGGUGAAUUUGAAUGCAAUGUAUAAGUUUGACCCCUCUGAACUUUAUGGUAUGGGAACAGAGGCAAGGACUCAACUGUUCACAUCAAUAGGUCCCGCGAACCAGACAACUCCAAACGCACCUACACGUGUAUUACCUACUGCAGUCGCUAGUUAUAAUAAUGUGGAACAAGAAGAAAAUAGUAUUAUGGUCGGAAUACACCCCGGAGAAGUGAUACGUAUUGGAACUUUGCUGCUAAGAGUGAGCGCUUCCGGAGCUGAAAAUAUUGCUGUCAUGUUAGAUAAUGUCAGCCAAGAGGUUUACGGUAAUUUGAUGACGUUAGCAUUCAAUGUUCUAAGCAAACUAUUGCCAGAAGAGAUAGCGAAACUAAGACUGCUCAGUCCAGAGGCAGACCUUGUCGAACAAAUUGUAAGCUUCAUAUUUAAUUAUUUAAGGUAUAACAGACCGCUAGGUGAAUGUAGUGAUAGUGAUAACGGUAUUGUAGUGAUUCUAAAACAGUUCUUCCAAGAUGGACGAAUUAGACAAGAAACCAUUUUGGAGAUGAAAAAUACUUUUCUGCAUUGGGUUGACGAUCAACUGGAAAUAAGGCGUCAAAUGUAUCCGAAUAAGAAAAGUGUUAUUUGUGAUACAUGUGCAGGGGUUAGGUUUGUU